CAAGAGAUGAGAAUCCAAAAUAUGAGAAUCGCAGUUUGUGUUAUUUUAGUGUCUAUAAUUUAUAUAUUAUUAACACAACUUGUAAAUCUAAAUCUACCAACCCUAAAUCUAAAUCCCAAUCAAUUUCCUCAAAUUUCAUUCAAUUCAAUUUCGAUUAUGGCAAGCGAAGCCGUGUACUCGGUGUGGGCAAUUCCACCGGAAGACGUCGACGUCAGAUGCGCCAACCUCAUGACGGCCCUCCGAUCCGACUUCGGCGGACCCCACUUCCAACCCCAUAUAACGCUCGUUGGAGCCAUCAAACUCACCGCCGACGACGCCCUCGCCAAGCUCCGAUCAGCCUGCCAAGCCCUCAGGCCCUUCAACGUCACCGUCGAUCGCGUCGCCACCGGCACCUUCUUCUACCAGUGCGUCUAUCUCCUCCUUCGCCCCGACUCUCACCUCCUCGAAACCGGCGCUCACUGCUGGACGCACUUCGGCUACGCCAGCUCCACUCCUUACAUGCCGCACUUGAGUCUUCUCUACGCAGAUUUGAGCGAUGAGGAGAAGCAAAAGGCUCAAGAGAGGGUUAAUGCCAUUGAUAACGCACUCGCUGGGUUGACCUUUCAGAUAACUCGUAUCGCCUUGUACAAAACCGACACCGAAGACAAAACGCUCAAAUCUUGGGAGAAAAUUGCUGAAUGCACUCUCACUCCAAAUUAGCCUCUGAACUUCAAUGCCAGUUCUUCUUCUUGUUUCUUCAUUUCCGCUUUAUUCCCUCGUUCUUAUGCUGCCUGCUUUGCAAUUUCCAUAUUCUAUACAUAAUAGUGAAGGCACUGAUGCUUCAAAUAUUUAUCGUAUUCAGCAAUUCACGAGUCUAAAAUAACAAAACUAUAAAUGUGAAGCCAUUAAUCUGCAUAAGUUUUUCCGUGGCAACAUCAUUCACCCUUCUUCUAAGAUUGUUUCUUCACCCGAUUCCUCUGAACUAGCUUGAUAACUAUUACAUUAAGUUUUGUUGUAACAUGAGAAAAUGUGCGGAACACAAUCUUUCGUGUUCUAUUUCAACCUGGUCUUUUUAUUGUUCACAUUCAUGUAAGUCUACCCAAAUAUAUACAUCUCAUUUCGUAUUUGGUUGUUCUCAUUCUCAAACUAUCGAGACCCAAGUUAAAGUACGCUACUAGUUCGAGUUUGUAUAUGCCAAGAGCCUUAAUGUAAGUAACACCAGGUCUCUUUAGGUACUGCUAGAUACACCAAUGGGUAUUCCAGAUAAUACCCCAAGGGCAGGACUAAUAGAAGAGAAAAAAAUGUUUCCAUGAGAUGUUUUUGUCUGAAGGAAAACUAGUAAACCUGUAUUGUACUGAAAUUCUCUUUUAAAGGUGCCAGUAUGGAUCAGAUGAAGAGGAAGUCGCAGAGGAAGAGGAAGAACAGAGACAGAGGUGUUGCAGUGAUGUUUGAUGGGGGGUAAAGCUCCGAAUGUGAGUCAAUCUGGUUUAUGAUUCAUGGUUUGGUUUUAGAACGCUAAUUUAUGAGCUCAUUCCUAACACAGUCUUAUAUGUGCAUACAACCAGGGUGUCAUGAAGUACUUACUACUGAGCAGUCGUUCUUAUGGACGAGUCAAAGCUCAAAACAGAGUAAAGCUACUCUCAAAAUAUUUCUUUUGGCAUAUGCAUGUAAAAACUUUUGCAUGUUUUUAUUAAAUGAUUCAAGCGGAAGAGUAGAGAUGGAUU